AUGGCGGCGCUGGAAGACCUGGAGUUUGGGAAGUCUGAUUUUGUCCUUCUGGACGAGGUGAACAUAGAGCAGUUUAUGGAGAACCUGAAGCUGAGGUUUGAGAAAGCCCGUAUCUACACCUUCAUAGGAGAGGGGGUGGUGUCAGUCAACCCUUACAAACAGAUGGACAUCUACGGGAAGGAGGACAUCAACGCUUACCGCGGCCGGGAGCUGUACGAGAACCCACCCCACCUGUACGCUGUGGCCGACGCUGCGUACAAGGCCAUGAAGAGACGAGCCAAAGACACCUGCAUCGUCGUUUCAGGUGAGAGUGGCGCAGGAAAGACAGAGGCUAGCAAGUACAUCAUGCAGUACAUCGCAGCCAUCACCAACCCCAGCCAGAGAGCAGAGGUCGAGAGUGUGAAGAACGUUCUGCUGAAGUCCAACUGUGUGCUGGAGGCCUUCGGUAACGCCAAGACCAACCGCAACGACAACUCCAGCCGCUUCGGCAAGUACAUGGACAUCAACUUCAACUUCAACGGCGACCCCACCGGCGGACAUAUUAACAACUACCUACUGGAGAAGUCAAGGGUGGUGCAGCAGAAUGGGGGUGAGAGGAACUUCCACUCCUUCUAUCAGUUACUACGGGGAGGCUCAGUAGAUAUGUUGAAGUCCCUUCACCUGCACAAUGACCCUGCCAACUAUGUGUACACCAGAGAAGGAGCUGUCGCCACUACGUGCAACAACGACCGGUACAGCCACAACGCAGUGCUGAGUGCCCUGAAUGUGAUUGGCUUCUCAGAGGAGGAGAUUCACUCGAUCUACAGAAUCCUGGGGACCAUCCUCAUCCUGGGUAACCUGCAGUUUGAGACAGACAGUGAGAGUGUCCUGGUGGUUGGGAUGGGGGACGUGAGUCACAUCGCUGAGCUGACCAGCACAGAGCCAGACAACGUGACCAAGAGCCUGCUGUACCGCUCUGUGGCCACCGGGGGCGGAGAAGUCAUAGAGAAGGGACAUUCUGAGAAGGAGGCCUGCUUCGGCCGGGAUGCUUUCACCAAGGCUCUCUAUGAGAGACUAUUUGGUUGGAUUGUAGGCCGUAUCAACGCUGUUAUUGAGGUGAAAGACUACAACCCAGUGCUUCAUGGGAAAAACACAGUUAUUGGAGUGCUGGAUAUUUACGGCUUUGAGAUCUUCGACAACAACAGCUUUGAGCAGUUCUGCAUCAACUACUGUAACGAGAAGCUGCAGCAGCUCUUCAUCCAGCUGAUCCUUUGCAAGGAACAAGACGAGUACAAGAGAGAGGGUAUAAUCUGGCAGCAUAUUGACUAUUUUAACAACCAGAUCAUCGUGGACCUGGUGGAACAGCCCCACAAAGGCAUCAUCUCUGUGCUGGACGAGGCCUGUCUCUCUGUAGGGAAGGUGACAGACAUCGUCUGCCUGGAGAGUAUGGAUGCUAAGCUGGGACAACACCCCCACUACACCUCUCGCAAGCUCACGCCCUCAGACAAGACCAUGGAGUUCCACAGAGAUUUCCGUAUCCGCCACUACGCUGGAGACGUCACAUAUUCCGUUGAGGGCUUUUUGGACAAGAACAAGGACCCCCUUUUCCAAGAUUUCAAAAGGCUCAUGUUUAACAGUUCCAACCCUGUGAUGAAGGAGAUGUGGCCUGAUGGUAAGCUGAGCAUCACAGAGGUCACCAAGCGACCCCUGACGGCAGCCACCCUCUUUAAGAACUCCAUUGUGGCCCUAGUGGAGAAACUGGGCUGCAAGGAGCCUUACUAUGUACGCUGCAUUAAACCAAAUGAUAUGAAGUCUCCCCUGCUGUUUGACGACGCCCGCUGCCAACACCAGGUGGCGUACCUGGGCCUGCUGGAGAACGUCAGAGUGCGGAGGGCAGGGUUCGCCUACCGCCAAGCCUACACACGCUUCCUACAGAGGUAUAAGAUGACCUGUGUGUACACCUGGCCCAACCACCUGAUGGAAACAGACAGGGAGGCAGUGCAGGCUAUUGUCACGCAGCAUGGUUUCCAGGAGGACGUCGCGUAUGGACAUACCAAGCUGUUUGUGCGAACGCCAAAGUCUCUCUUCACCCUGGAGCAGGAGAGAGCCGCUCUCAUCCCUGUCCUGGUGCUGUUCCUACAGAAGGUGUGGCGCGGGGCGCUGGCGAGGAUGCGUUGCCAUCGGAUGCGUGCCAUCUUUGCCAUCAUGGGCUGCUACAAGCGUUACAAGGUCAAGGUCCACUUCUGGGAGGUGGAGCGGCGCUUCGCCAACGUAGGCAACAUGGAUGACUAUGGGAAAAGCGUGGAGUGGCCCACACCACCAGCAGCCCUCACACAAUUCCACAGCAUCACGCAGAAGCUGCACCGCAGGUGGCGUGCGUGGCAGAUAGUGAAGAACAUCCCACCGUCUGACAUGGGGGAGGUAAGGGCCAAGGUGGCUGCUCUGGGGGCCCUGAAUGGGGAGAGGAAGGACUGGGGCUGUGGUCGAACCUGGGAGAGAGACUACCUGGCUAAUGUGAGGGACAGUCAUCGGAGCAGCUCCAACUUCAUACUAUUCUCCCAAGAGCUCAGGAACAAAGACGGGUACAACCAGGUUAUCUUCUCUGGAUUCUGUAGGAAGAUGAACAGAUUCAGUAAAAGCACAGACAGGGCUUUGCUGAUCACAGACAAACAUAUCUACAAACUGGACCCCAAAAAACAGUUUAAAGUGUUGAAAAGACUGCCUCUAGAAGUGAUGACAGGCCUGAGCGUCACUGCAGGCGUUGACCAGAUGGUGGCGCUACACACUUCCUCCCAGGAUGAUGUUCUUCUCUACAUCCAGAGAGGGGAGCUGUGCCCCGACCAGGACCGCAUCGGGGAGCUGGUGGGAACGCUCAUCGACCACUUCACACGUGUGAGGAACACCCCUCUCCCGGUGAAGGUUUGCUGCUCGGCCGUCCAGCUGCACAUGCGGGGCAAGCCCAAGAGCGUAACCGUGGAGACCAAGGCCGGCCAGGCCAACGCAGACUUCAGGAACAGCCGCGACGGAUUCAUCCUCCUGAUCCCUUCCAACUGAGACAGUCACCACUAGCUCCCCCAGCCAAUCACAAAUCUGAACCUGGAAGACAGUUCCACUGCUGAUUUACAUUCUUCCUCUCUAAUAUAGGACUGAUUUAGACCUGGGACACCAGGUGGUGCAGUUCAUUAUCAGGUAGAACAGAAAACCCAGCAGUCCUCCAGACCUCCAGGCUCAGAUUUGAAUAUCCCUGAUUUAUCCUCUGGACUGUAUCAAAGGGCUACAGUAGAGGGAGAGUGAAUCCUCAACCCAUUUCUCCACCCAUGCAGUACACAUAUUCUUCAAAAGAUGGUCACUCCUCUAAUGUCUGUGGUUCAGGCCAGAGAUGGUCACCCCUCUAAUGUCUGUAGUUCAGGUCAGAGAUGGUCAACCCUCUAAUGUCUGUGGUUCAGGUCAGAGAUGGUCACCCCUCUAAUGUCUGUAGUUCAGACCAGAGAUGGUCACCCCUCUAAUGUCUGUAGUUCAGGUCAGAGAUGGUCACCCCUCUAAUGUCUGUAGUUCAGACCAGAGAUGGUCACCCCUCUAAUGUCUGUGGUUCAGGUCAGAGAUGGUCACCCCUCUAAUGUCUGUGGUUCAGGCCAGAGAUGGUCACCCCUCUAAUGUCUGUGGUUCAGGCCAGAGAUGGUCACCCCUCUAAUGUCUGUGGUUCAGGUCAGAGAUGGUCACCCCUCUAAUGUCUGUGGUUCAGGCCAGAGAUGGUCACCCCUCUAAUGUCUGUGGUUCAGGCCAGAGAUGGUCACCCCUAUAAUGUCUGUAGUUCAGGUCAGAGAUGGUCACCCCUAUAAUGUCUGUAGUUCAGACCAGAGAUGGUCACCCCUCUAAUGUCUGUGGUUCAGUCCAGCGAUGUUGGUAUCUUCUGCUGUAAUUUCAGGUUAAUGGAACUUCAUCUUAUUGGAUGAAAACCAAUUCACUUUUUACGGCAGCAAGCUAAGGCAAAAGGUUUAGGAUUUGUCAUUGGCAGUUCAAUGUUUUAUUGUAUUUUACAGUAUAGGAUGCUUACAGGUAUAGCCUUUCCACUUUUUUUGUACUUUUCCAAGGAUGAAACAAAGACAUAUAGCCGAGAGACUGAACUACAAACAAGAGUAGCAAUAUUUCAUAUAGAUUAUUCAGACUAAUUUAUUUUAGCUAGUGUGUUUUUAUAACUAGUGUGUUUAUUUAGUGAGAUGACAGCUAUUUUACUGCCUUUGACCCAUGGUCUGCCUUGAAAGGACACGAUAUUCAUAUCAUGACAAUGAAAAAAAGAAGAAGUAAUUUAUUAAAAUGUAUUUUAUCUCAUUGUGGUGGCAGUGUUUAUUCUACCAGAGAAUAUUACAAUGUUAAGCAAUAACGCCCGAGGAGGUAUACGGUCUGAUAUACCAUAGCUGUCAGCCAAUCAGCAUUCAGGGCUCGAACCACCCAGUUUAUAAUAUUUUACAUUAUGGCCCAAUGUUCCAGAGCUUAAGUCCAAUGAGAAUGAUUUGUCCCAGGACCAGGCCUAAUUUGGGCCAGAGAUACCAGCCCUAUAUAGUGUAAUGUAACUGAGUAUAUCCUGCUCAAUAGCUCUCUCUCUUCUCUAUCUCUACCUUUCAAUUCAAGGGAUUUAUUGUCACGGGACAUAUGUUUACAUUGUCAAAUCAAGUGAAAUAGAUAAUAAACAAAAGUGAAAUUAACAAUAAAAUAUGAACAGUAAACAUUACACUCACAAAAGUUCCAAAAGAAUAAUUACAUUUCAAAUGUCAUACGAUGUGCAAAUAGUUAAAGUACAAAAAGGAAAAUAAAUUAACA